ACACAUAAAAUUGCACUACAACUAAAUUAUUGUAUCCCUGCCAGUUUUAAAACGUGGUGUUGGCGUGCUUUACUGCCCUGGUAUACCAGGUCUUUGAUUUUUGCAAUACCGGCGGCAUAUAGAAGACGUGCUGUGCUCCUUUAAUUAUCGCUGUGCGAAACCUAUUAAUUUAAAAUAUACGGCAUUAAAUAUGGAUAUUGUCCUAGAUGAAAUCAUUGCUGGAUUAUUAUGUACAGAUACUGAACGGAUACGUCAGGCCACCAGUGAGCUGGGCAAGGCUUAUGAAAAUCCGGAAACCUUGAAUGCACUGUGUCAGAUCAUUGUCUCACAGCGUGAGCCGCAAGUGAGACAAUUUGCAGCUGUGCUGCUAAAUAAGCGGCUCCAAAAACUGCGUAACUGGCAAAUGGUGCCAGCGGACCAGAAGGAAAGCAUUAAGACUGGCAUGCUUCAAGCAUUGAUUGCCGAAAAGGAAAAAUCUGUAAAGAAUGCCAUAGCUCAAUUUAUUGGUUCAUUGGUGCGUCACGAAGAGGAGAAAAAGGACUCUUGGUUGGGCGAACUGCUUAAUUUCAUCUAUAGCCGUUGCAAUGUGGAUGAUCCUAAGGAGAGUGAGCUGGGCUCUUCAAUAUUUGCCACGCUCACCGAUGCGGCACCUGAUCAAUUUGUCUCUCAUAUGGACUCAAUUUGCCAAAUGUUUGCCGCUGUUCUUAUGUCCGCCGAGGCAAGAGGUAAUCUAUCCACGCCCACUGUGGCUAAUAUAACCAUGGGCAUGAGUUAUCUGAUGCCAUUUGUAAGCGGUCAUACAAGCGCUGAACAGACGGUUCUCAAAAUACUGCCACUCAUCAUCAAAACCGUCUUUGCCUUUGCCCAGAAGGGCGAUGAGCAGGAGUUCUGCAUUGUAUUCGAUGUCAUUGAUAGCAUUGCCGAGUAUGUGCCAAAGCUGCUUAAUAACAAUGUGAAGCACCUAAUUGAAUUCUGCCUCGAGACGGCAAACAAUAAGCAAAUUGAUGACUCGAUACGUGUUCAGGUGGUUACAUUCAUUGGACGCGUGGUGCGCAUAAAGAAGAAGGCAAUUGUCAAACAGAAGUUACUUGAACCCAUUAUUGCCGUCAUCUUUGAGAUGAUGUGCUGUGAAACUGAUCUAGAUGAUGUGUUAUAUUUAACAGAUGAGUUGUUUACUGGCGAGAGCAGUAACAGUCCCAUGACAGCAGCCACCCAAACACUCGAUUUGCUGGCCAUCAAUAUGUCGCCGGAAAAAUUGAUUCCUCCAUUGUUGCAAUUACUUGAACCGGCAUUGCAAAGUCCUGAUCAUCUGCGACGCCGUGCCGCUUAUCUUUGUAUCGCUGUUAUCGCCGAAGGCUGCUCGGAGGCCAUUUGCAAUAAGUAUUUAGAAGUUAUGCUAAAUAUCGUUAAGAGCGGCAUUGCCGACAACUCGCCCAUUGUGCGCAUUGCUAGCUUCUUUGCUUUGGGUCAAUUCUCGGAGCAUUUGCAACCGGAUAUAUCGAAAUUUGCACCUCAGAUUUUGCCCGUACUAUUUGACUUUCUGCAACAGCUGGUGAUUGAGAUAAAGAGUGGCAAUCCGGAACCGAAGCACACGGAUCGUAUGUUUUAUGCUCUGGAAAACUACUGCCAGAAUCUAGAAGAGGACAUUGUGCCACAUUUGCCGCUAUUGAUGAGUCGUCUAUUCGAUACACUGGAUACCAACAAUUCGAUUCAUCUUCGUGUGCUGGGACUGUCUGCCGUUUCAGCAACGGCUUUGGCUGCCAGGGAGCACUUGAUGCCAUAUUUUCCAAAAAUUGUGGAAAUACUGAAAAAUUAUUUGGUUAAGGAAUGUUCCGAAGAGAUGAAAGAGUUGCGUAACGAGGCAAUUGAUACUUUGGCCUCGAUUACACGCGUCGUAGGCAAGGAUAAUUUUAUUCCACUGGCUAAUGAUACAAUGGCCUAUUGCUUGAUGAUGUUGGACGAUGGGCCAAAUGAUCCCGAUUUUAAACGUGCUAUUUACAACUUGAUUGGUGCUCUGUCCAUCGUUGUUAACGAGAGUAUGUCGACCGUGUUCCCAAAAAUUAUUGAUCGUCUUAUUGAAUCGGUAAUAUCGACGGAAGAUAUGCUUCCCAUGAAUGAUGAGAAUGGUGGUAAUCGUUUGUUCAAUGGUGAGGCGGCCGCUUCUGAUAUUGACAUUGAUUUGGAGAAUACAGACGAUGAAGAUGAUGAUGAGGAAGGAUAUCAGGUGGAAAACGAUUAUGUAUUUGAAAAGGAGGAGGCUAUAUUAGCCCUUAAAGAAUUUGCUGUUAACACAGGCAGCGCCUUUGCACCCUAUCUGCAGACAUCUUUUGAGAAUGUCUACAAGGUGAUUGAUCAUCCACAGGACAACAUCCGCAAGUCCGCCAUUGAAGCCAUCAUCGCCUUUGUCUCGUCACUCUACAAAAUGGGUGAUACCGAGGGUGUCAAACGCGCUUGCUUAAUAAUUAUGCCAAAAUUUGCACAUAUAAUCCGUGAAGAUGAGGAUCAGGGCGUCGUCAUUCAUUUGCUCGACUUGCUAAGCGAUUUAUUCGUUGAGGUAAAGAGCGCUGCGGUACCCACUCAGGAAAUCGGCGACAUGAUAUUUGCCUGCAUCAGGGAUGUUCUAAAAAAUAAAAUGGCUUGCCAGUUCAAUGAGCCAUCCGGUGGUGGGGAUGAAGACGAAGCUGAAGACAGCGAAUUUGAUGAGCUGCUUAUUGAGAACGCGGGUAAUCUUUUACCUUCUUUUGGAAAAGCUUUAAGUCCUGAAAUAUUCUCUAUGUACUUUGGGCGCGUCUAUCAGUACUACUUAAACAAACUGAACAAAGCUAAGAGAAAUGAUUUGAGUGAACAGCGCAUCUUUGUUUAUGGUGCGUUGGCUGACUCCUUUCAAUCGCUGGGUGUCUGUGUGGCCACCUAUUUCGAUACGCUGUGUCCCAUUUUUGUAGAUGGCGUAAAUGAUCCGGAGCCAAAAGCUCGUCAGAAUUGUUAUUUCGGCCUAGGCGAGCUUGUUUUGCACGCCGAAGAGAAGUCCUUUGAAUCCUUCCAUGUAAUUUUACAAGCUCUUUCUGGAGCCAUUGCUUCCGAGACAAAUGCUCCGGCUCUCGAUAAUAUAUGCGGCGCCGUUUCCCGUAUGAUCGUCACCAAUCACAAUAUUGUUCCAUUGGCGCAAGUGUUGCCCGUUUUACUCUCGCAUUUGCCACUUCGCGAGGAUUUCGAUGAGAAUGAUAUGGUGCACAAGGCAUUCCGUGUGAUAUACAUGCAAGCACGACCCGCUAUCGUCGAAUACAUUGAGCAGAUCCUUAAAAUCACCAUAGAUGUAUUAUACAAGGAUCAAAUUCCUGAAGGAGAAAUCAAAAUGAGCUCACGUGCUUUAAUUUUGGAAAUACGCGAGCAGUAUCCGGACCAAUUCAAUAACGUGGCCAAUUCCAGUCAAGAGGCCUAUAAUUUCCUUCAAUCUCUUUAGACGCACACAAGAGCAAAUUUAUCCACUACAUGUGCCGUCAAGCAGGCACACACACACGAGCACUGAAGUUUUAUUUACAUUAUUUAG